GUUUCACAUCGGGACGGCAGCGCCGCCAUGUCGCGAACGAUACCUGCGCGCGCGCUGGACCCUGUGUAUGAUCCGAUCUACACGGUGUCCAACACGGGCGGGAAAUGGCGAGGCGUGCAUCAUGGCCGCCGUGGGGGUGGAGAGGCCGGCGUUGGUAUUACCUCGGUGACCGUGGGGUUUGAAGCGGUCAGUGGCGCCCAGCGCGCCAAGUACUCGAAGCGGCCGAUCUUGCCUUAUGUCCAAGCCAUCCCGCCCGACAUCUUGCUCGCUCCUGUGCCAGCUGCGGCAGGGCACCCGCCAACCAACGGAACCAACCUCGCGGGGUCCCCCACCACAAACGACGACCUCGAGCCAACGCGAACCAUCGGCAUUCAGACUAUGUACCGUGAUUCAGAGGCGCAGACAACUCCGUACACGCCGGACUACACGAUCAAGGCCGGCACGUCGCCCGAGAUUGCAACUCUCACGAGUUUUUCGUAUGAAAAUGGCCUUCCCGCGGGCAUGGCCGAAGUUGAGCUUAUCCAGCGGAACCGUCAAAAGCGCGCGUUUGAGGAAUCCCUGCCGCCCAUGACGGACGAAGCAUCGUUCGAGCUUCGGAAACGCAUGAUGGAGCAGCAGGAAAAAGCUGAGUGGGCGUUCCGUGAGGUCGAGAUCGACCGAGUGCACGACCAGCGCCUCCAGUUGCUUCAAAAGGCUCUCGUCGAACGCGACCACGAGAACCAAUUCCUUGCUGAGCAGCGCAUCGAAGCGCUACGCCAGCGACUCACGGCCGAAAAGGACGACUCAAUCGAGCGGAUUCAGCAGGAGCGCGUGACGGCGCUGCGGAAACUUGCCAAACGCCGCGCAGCGGCGCAAAAGAUCCACCCGAAACGAGACCUCAAACGAGACAUCAUUGGCGAGUACACGGCGUACGGGUCAACGGUGUAUGCACCCGUGACUCGUGCUGGCAAGUCCGGCAAGCACGAUGUGCAUGAAGUGGGGCUGGCCCAUCUUCACGGCCUGGACGAAAUCCAGGCGCUCGAGGCGUCGGUCGGGUCCAAGUACCUGGCGCCAUCGAUGUACAAACCGCCGACAAAGGUAAUCAAGACCGCCAAAGAUCGACGGGAAGCUGCCAUCGAAGGUCAUCUCCUCUCGAUGCAAACCAAGAUCGCCCAGAGCAAAACCGCAGACGACCGCCACGGCGCGUCAGGGAAACGUCCCAAGUUCAAACCCGGCGGCGCAAACAACCUUCGGCCGCCGACGCCCGUGUACGCCGUCAUGGACGACGACGACGCAGUCCAUGACGCAGUUCGCCUUUUGCAAAAGCUGCUUCGCGGCCGCGCGAUCCAGAACACGAUGUAUGAAGGCAAAGGCCGGCGGGCUGAGCUCAUCGAAGAGCUGCGGGAAGCCGGCGAGCCAGGCAACACAAUCGCGCCGCCGCAAGAAGAUGCGAUCGUGGCUUUGGCAGGUGAUGCGACGGUCGCCAAGGCGCAGGGCGAGGUCGUGUCCGAGCUGCUCGACUUCCUUGCCAAGGAGCUCGUUCGCGUCAACGAGCACAUGGCGCUCAACGAGUUUGUCAUGGACACCGUGUACGAACGGCGGAAACGCGAAGUCAUCGAAGGCGGCCGGCGCCAUGCAGAAGACAUGCUCCGAAAGCGAGAAGACGUCGUGUUCCGCGCAGUCCAGCGUGUGCAUGACGAGACAGCCGACGACUUUGUCAUGGACGUGCUGCGGUCUGUCGUCCACACUGACGCAACGGCGACCGCGCAGCACGAGUUGGGUGUGCUCGGGAGUGGGCUAUCCAGGGCUGUGGACGCGCUCGAGGCCAGUGGCACGUCCGACGAAGGGGUCGUGAAGGACCUCCUGGCGUCGUUCUUGUUUCCAGAAGUGCAGCGCCGGCGCGUGCAGGAGCAAGUGGAGCGAGAAGAGCGAAAAUUUGUCACGGCCGUCCAUCAAGCGCUUCAAUUACCCAGCACGUUUAGCAGCUCCCUGUAUUAAAACCCGUCUGAGGUGAAAAACACGUUCUUGUCGUCCGUGGCGACGACGUAUUGCCACAAGUCCGUCGAGAGGUUGUGUCGCUGUAUCAUAAAUCCGCAGUCCUCUGAGAUGACGGUGUCGGCAGGAG